GAACGUCGAACGAACGAACGAAUCUCUGACCCAGUUGUGUGGGUGGAUCUUCGUGCGCUCUCUUUGUUCGAGUCGCGGCUGGGCUCAGAAGUAGGUUAGUGCAGCCAGCAGCGGUGGGGCAUCUUGGUCCUCGGUACGCCACACUAGACUAGUCAGUGGCACUCUGUCGUCGUACCUGCUAGUAUCGCGUUCGUGCCCGUGUAUGCCUGCUGCUUGACGACUCGUAGGUCGUAGGCAUGUGACUGCCGCAACACGUAUUGCCAUGAGCCCCGCGUCCUCAGGCAACUUGGAAAUCGAACGAUACAUCGGUGCCUGUCUAAUUUCGCAAAACCGAUCGAAAUCGAACAACAAUCACGGUGGUGCUAACAAGGGUCGCGAGUUUUACGCAAGGGAUCCGUUGAUUCCGGACAUUUUUCCCGCAAAUUAUGUGAAUCUGGAUGGAAGAUAUCGUCUGCAGAGAUGCAACUCGGUGGACGUUUGGGCCGGUGGAAUGCCCUUAAUUUCUUUCGCCAACAAUCAACGACAACGUUCUCGUCACUUGGAACCGCAAGACGGGUUAAGUGGCUCACAGAGAGUAGAUGACCAGCACAGUCCAUUGGCACGGUUAGCCGUCCAUACUCAAGGUGCGCCUUUAAUUCUUACCAAGAGUUACAAUCACAGAAAAAACAAAGUCAACAGAAACAACAAUAACAAUGGUGGCCAAAAAAAUCCACCCAGUCAAAAACUCAUCAACCACAACAAGUGUCAGGACGUGCAAAAUAAUGGGACAGGUGGUGUAGAUGCUGUGAGUGUUGCCAGUGACGAAAGUUCAGGUUCUGCCAAUUCGGAAAAUUGCUUGCCGCGUAUCAUAAAGCCUCGCAAACGACGGAAAAAAGAUCGCAAACCUCCUCUUCUCGGUCGCCCUUUGAGCCAGGAAGGCUUUUCCACAGACAGUGCCAGUCCAGAUAUAGACACGUCCAGUGUCAACCUGCAUAGAUCGUUUAUACCAUUUAACUUUGAUAACAAUAAUUAUUCGUUUAGAUCAGUAACUGUUCCUGAUAAUAUUGCUUUAAGUCAUAUGAUUAAUAACAAUAACAGUUUCGUUGAUCGCUAUCAAAACCUCCACGACACCAGUGAAACUCCAAACUUGCAUCACUCGUUCGAAGAUAUCGAGGAAGUCGACGAUGGCAAAGACAUCAACGGCAACCAAACCACAAGCACCUGCCAAUGCCGGUACUGCGAUCCUUCUGGGCAAAUUUGGGACGUGGACAGAAGCUGUUACUCCCCAUUUUUGACACCACCGAACAACCACAACAACGCUUUUCAAUUCAACUUCAACCUGGGUCAACAUAACUACUACACUAACCCCAUUAAAGAUGAAGAAAAUUACUGUUUGGUUCACAGCAUGUCGUCGGUGUCUCUCGAAGAGGACAACAACAAAUCAGUGCAGGACAAAAAAGUUAAACACAUCACUUCUGGAGAUUUGGAAGUUUCCACAGAAAUAGUGACAUCUUUAAACGGACAUCGUGACCUAGAGAUUAAGUUCUUUUCAACCCACAGUGCCGAUGUGUCACCAAAUCACCACCACAAUAUCAAUACGGAUAAGUUUGCUGUAAAUAGUUUAAUGUGUAAAUUUGUGUCCGAAGAAUGAGUGCUCUCUCCUCUAUCUCGUAUAGGAAGUAAACACUAAUAAUAAUUAUUCAUCAUCAUCUAUCAUCUCACGCUCGGAGAUGUUUCGAUCUCUUCCAAUUCUUUGUGUAUCGCGCAAAGUAUUCAUUAUUCGCUUUCACUUUUCAGAAGAAGUGCAGUUUUUUUAUUAUUUCCGUAUGUAUCAUUAUUAAACUUUGUUCACUAAAACUUUCUACAUAAAGUUUACUGGUGCAUGCGGAAACCAACCGUUCACGUUGCUUGUUUUCCCACAAAUUGUUUUUGUUCUAAAACGAUGAACGGCUGGAUAUUAUUUACCUUUACGUGUUUUUUACUUUAAUUUUAUUUAUUUAUAUUUCCCUCUCACUUUCUCUUUUAAUUUGUUAUUUUUGACACGUCUGUGUUUAAGUAUUAUUGUAUUAUUAUAAAUAUACGAAAAUAUUUGCC